GAUAUAAAUCUCAGUGUCACUACGCUCGCAAGGCUUCUACGUUCUUCUUGAAAUCUGAUUCAGUGAGAGGAUGCAAUACUGAAAAUCCAGAAGACAAGAAAAUGGCGUUAGCGUUUGAUGAGUUUGGUCGUCCAUUUAUACUAAUAAAACAGCAAGAUGAGAAGUCCAGGUUGCGUGGACUUGAUGCUCAGAAAGCCAACAUUUCUGCCGGCAAAGCUGUGUCUCGGAUCCUCCGAACCUCGCUUGGACCCAAAGGCAUGGACAAAAUGCUCCAGAGCCCCGACGGUGACGUCGUCAUUACAAAUGAUGGUGCCACGAUCCUUGAGCAGAUGGAUGUCGACAAUCAGAUUGCAAAGUUGAUGGUUGAAUUAUCUCGUAGUCAGGAUUAUGAAAUUGGUGAUGGGACAACUGGUGUUGUUGUUUUGGCUGGUGCACUUUUAGAGCAGGCUGAACAGCUUUUGGAACGUGGAAUUCAUCCUAUUCGAAUUGCAGAGGGAUAUGAAAUGGCUUCUAGAAUAGCUUUUGAACACUUGGAUCGUAUUGCUCAGAAGUUUGAAUUUGAGGUUUCUAAUAUAGAGCCUCUGGUUCAAACUUGCAUGACUACUUUAAACUCUAAGAUCCCGCCCUCUCGAUAUAAAUCUCAGUGUCACUACGCUCGCAAGGCUUCUACGUUCUUCUUGAAAUCUGAUUCAGUGAGAGGAUGCAAUACUGAAAAUCCAGAAGACAAGAAAAUGGCGUUAGCGUUUGAUGAGUUUGGUCGUCCAUUUAUACUAAUAAAACAGCAAGAUGAGAAGUCCAGGUUGCGUGGACUUGAUGCUCAGAAAGCCAACAUUUCUGCCGGCAAAGCUGUGUCUCGGAUCCUCCGAACCUCGCUUGGACCCAAAGGCAUGGACAAAAUGCUCCAGAGCCCCGACGGUGACGUCGUCAUUACAAAUGAUGGUGCCACGAUCCUUGAGCAGAUGGAUGUUGACAAUCAGAUUGCAAAGUUGAUGGUUGAAUUAUCUCGUAGUCAGGAUUAUGAAAUUGGUGAUGGGACAACUGGUGUUGUUGUUUUGGCUGGUGCACUUUUAGAGCAGGCUGAACAGCUUUUGGAACGUGGAAUUCAUCCUAUUCGAAUUGCAGAGGGAUAUGAAAUGGCUUCUAGAAUAGCUUUUGAACACUUGGAUCGUAUUGCUCAGAAGUUUGAAUUUGAGGUUUCUAAUAUAGAGCCUCUGGUUCAAACUUGCAUGACUACUUUAAACUCUAAGAUGGUGAAUCGGUGCAAGCGCAGUUUGGCUGAAAUAGCUGUGAAAGCAGUUCUUUCUGUGGCAGAUUUAGAGAGGAAAGAUGUUAAUUUAGAUUUGAUUAAGGUUGAAGGAAAAGUAGGGGGAAAGCUGGAGGACACUGAGCUUGUAUAUGGGAUUACUGUUGAUAAGGAUAUGAGCCAUCCCCAGAUGCCAAAGCGAAUUGAAGAUGCUAAAAUUGCUAUCUUGACUUGCCCUUUUGAGCCACCAAAACCAAAGACUAAACAUAAGGUGGACAUUGAUACUGUGGAGAAGUUUCAGACUUUACGUCUGCAGGAGCAGAAAUACUUUGAUGACAUGGUUCAAAAGUGCAAGGAUGUUGGAGCUACCUUAGUGAUCUGUCAAUGGGGUUUUGAUGAUGAGGCAAAUCACUUAUUAAUGCACAGGAACUUGCCUGCGGUCCGUUGGGUUGGUGGUGUAGAAUUGGAGCUUAUAGCUAUAGCCACAGGUGGACGAAUUGUUCCAAGGUUUCAGGAGUUGACACCUGAGAAGCUUGGAAAGGCUGGUGUGGUUCGAGAGAAGUCUUUUGGUACAACAAAAGAUCGAAUGCUGUACAUUGAACACUGUGCAAAUUCAAGGGCAGUAACCAUAUUUAUUCGUGGAGGUAACAAAAUGAUGAUUGAGGAAACUAAGCGCAGUGUCCACGAUGCAUUGUGUGUGGCUAGGAAUCUGAUUCGUAACAAUUCCAUUGUUUAUGGUGGCGGUUCAGCUGAGGUAUCUUGCUCAAUUGCUGUAGAGGCUGCUGCAGAUAGAUACCCAGGAGUUGAACAAUAUGCUAUUAGGGCGUUUGCAGAUGCUUUGGAUUUUGUCCCAAUGGCUCUUGCGGAAAAUAGUGGUCUCCAACCUAUUGAGACAUUAUCUGCCGUGAAAUCUCAGCAAAUUAAGGAAAACAAUCCAUAUUGUGGAAUAGAUUGCAAUGAUGUUGGCACCACGGACAUGCGUGAGCAAAAUGUCUUUGAGACACUGAUUGGGAAACAACAGCAGAUCCUUCUUGCAACACAAGUUGUCAAAAUGAUAUUAAAAAUUGAUGAUGUCAUCUCACCAUCUGAUUUCUGAUAUGUUAGGUCAAUUUUUAUGGCUCUGCCUCGCAAGAAUGGAUCUCAUUGUGUUGUAUUUUGUUUACUCAGUAUGGUGGUUUAGGUCUUUUGAAACCAUAUGUUACUUGGGAGUUGGCUUUUCCUAUAGAUUUUGGUUUGGUUUGUUGGAUUUGUACUAUGACACAAACUUCCGCCGGUUAAUGAGGAUUCAUGAUUUUGGAGAAUUAUCAAGUACUCUUUUUAUCCA